UCCUGUGGCUCGUCGGAAUCUUCUCAGGCCGGCGAGGAUGUCACUUCUAAAUCACACUUCUCUGUUCUCGAACACCACCGGCAGGGAACUUCCCGUCCGGUUUGACGUGCGUAGCAGGUUAAAACACAGACAAUUUCGAGUAUCAUGUUCGAAUUCUUCUGUGUCUAGCAAGUGGAAGAGACCGUACACUAGCGUUUUGAUUGUGCCCACCGGAGUUGGUGCUUCGAUCGGAGGUUACGCCGGCGAUGCUUUACCCGUGGCUCGGACCCUAGCUUCCGUCGCCGAUUGCGUCAUCUCUCAUCCUAAUGUUCUUAACGCUGCAAUGCUUUACUGGCCAAUGCCGAAUGUCUUGUAUGUGGAAGGUUACGCUCUCGAUAGGUUUGCUGAAGGCCUAUGGGUACUACAGCCAGUUCACCAGAACAAGGUGGGAUUGGUUCUUGAUGCAGGAAUCGAGGAAGAGCUACGCAUUCGUCAUCUACAAGUAGUUGAUGCAACAAGGGCUUCUCUUGGUUUGCCGGUUCUUGACUAUAUUGUCACUGAUACACCUCUAGAGGUGGAAAAAUGGGUCGAUCAAAAGAGUGGGAAGGCAACAGGAAGGAUAAAGCGUCCUGAUUCCCUAUUAAGGGCAGUACAAGCAUUGUGUGAUCGGAGUAUGGUAAAUGCUGUUGCUGUCGUGGCCCGUUUUCCAGAUGAUGAUAUUGAAGAUGUGGAUGACUAUAGGCAAGGAAAGGGAAUUGACCUUCUAGCAGGAGUGGAAGCCAUUAUAAGCCAUCUAGUGGUGAAGAAUUUCGCUAUCCCUUGUGCACAUGCACCUGCCCUAUUACCUCCUCCGCUUACCCAAUCUUUGUGUCCAAAAUCUGCUGCCGAAGAAUUGGGAUACACAUUCUUGCCAUGUGUGCUUGCUGGCUUAGCUAAUGCACCACAGUACCUAACCGAUAAGCCAGGGUCCGGAGGAAAUGAUUGCAUAGCAGCAAGUGAUGUUGAUAGUAUCAUUCUCCCAGCAGAUGCCUGUGGAGGAGAUGGUGUUCUUGCAUUCGCACACAAAAGAACCAAGCCGCUUAUUAUUUGCGUGCAAGAGAAUGAAACCGUGCUCAAUGACACUCCAGAUAAACUUGGAAUUGAUGUGGUAAAGGUUUCGAACUACUGGGAAGCUAUCGGAGUAGUUGCAGCUCAUAAAGCUGGAGUCGAUCCGAAUUCGCUGAGAAGGGAUAAGGUCAAGAACAUUACCACAAAUUCCUUACUUCAUUCUAAUGGUUGUGUGACCACAACAUUCGCUUGAUGGAACAUAUAUAUUCUUUUGAGUUCGAUUAAAUAGGUUCAGGGUUAUAUAAAAUAGAUUGAAAUACUUCCUUGUUUACUAGUAUCAGGGGCUGUUUGGCAGCUGGUUUGCUGUAAAAUGAUUAAGAGGCUUUCAUGAUAUAGU